AUGCUCCUCCCGAACGGCUUCACCGCCGACGACCUCGACGCCCACUUCGACGCGUGGGAGGCGGCCGCCAUACAUGCCAACGGCGGCUCGCUGGAGGACGACCCAUGGACGCACGUCUCGGCCUACCUCGAGACGAUUGGCGAACGCGACCUUGACCUGGUCCUCAUCCGGCGCUGGGCGUCGGCGCACCCCGCGACGUCGUUUUACGCGUUCCACAACAUUGUCUACUCGGUCGGCGCGUACAUGCGGGACGGCGUCCCCUCGCAGGGUGAGAUCGACGCGCCUAUCAAGGACAAGAACAGGGCUCUGAAUGGCCACCUGCGCCCGCCUAAGGGAUGCUUUUUCUGCGCGGGCGUCCAUGGGGCCAGGUGCCCCGAGAAGGAGUUUACCCGUGACCUCUGUCGCCUGGGGUAUGCACACGAGCGCGCGUCUCCUCCUGAAUGGCCACUUGAGCCUUUCCCAGAGGAGGUUGCAGCCGAGGAGGCUUAUGAGGAGAAGAAGCGCGGGCCAUCGUCCAAGACGGCUGCAUCCAAGACGGCUGUAGACGGCUCUAAUGAGGCUGGGUCAUCAAAGAGCAGCGCUAAUGGGGCUGGGUCAUCAAAGAGCAGCGCAAAUGAGGCUGGGUCAUCAAAGAGCAGCGCCCACCUCACGAACAUUCAGACCGGCGACUUGCCCCCAGUCCCGCCGGCGCGUUUCGUGAUUUGUGGCCCCACCACAGUCGUAAAGGACCGCCACCUCCUCGUCAACCUCAAGCGCAUCCCCCUUCCAGUGGUCUCGGUAUCGCCCUUCAUGCAGCCCGCGGAGCCGUACAUCGUCGCUCGGGCCAUGGGGACGCUCGUCCUCCGUCCUCAGGGAGCGGAGCCGAUUCAGAUCGACAACGUCUUAUACGCCCCCGAAUGCGCACACAACGUCCUCGGGGUAGAUGUCCUGCUCUCUGACCUGUGGAAUAUCGAGGCUGGCGUGCUCACUCAUGCACCAACCGGGGCGAGCCUUCCCCUUCAGCUCGCAACCCUACCCGCGUGUGUACUUCACGCCUAG